UUAGAGCUAUUAGCCUUGGCUUACAAUCCCAUUCUGCUGUGGCUAUAUAAAAGGUGCUGAGCUGCAUGUGGACCAGACCAAACUAGAGUAAACCUCAACAGAAGAGCCAACAUUGAAUUCAUCCUACAAGCUUUCAUAACAGGAUGAAACCCAAAAGAUUACUGCUCUCCGUUGCUCCUCUACCCACAAUAACAGAAACGCACGAGGACAUCUCACAGUCCCUGGAUGAAUAUGUCAACUCCUUUAAAGAGCUCGCCCAGCCUGGCUGUGGACCACUAAGGGUAACCAGGACUCAGAGACCUCGUCUCUUUGGUAAGACCUUGUGCAAGCACGCUGGCUCCGCUUCUUCGCCACGCAGUGCUUCCCGGGCCCUUCAGCCCCGUCGCGGUUCCCUCGGACUGGAUGAGAUCACGCUAAGGUUUAGCAGCCAGAAGGACUAUGGUGCUAAAGACCCACUGGACUGGUUGUUUGCACAGACCCAGUUACAGUCACAUGGCGAGGAUUUGUGCAGGACAGAGAACGCACCUGCUGCUUUGCGGUUACUGUAGGAGCUUGACAGAUAGCACUGACGCUCACUGUGAUGGCUCAAUGCUAUGAAAGAUCUCAUGAACUGAACUUGUUUAAUUUAUUGUCUGAACAGGAUUUUGUACAUUUUGUGUUUACAAUGUGUCAUGUUUGUCUCUCUUAUUAUUGUUUGUUAAAUAAAUUCCAGAAUUUUUAUUUAAAUGCUUA